GCAAGCCACAGCCGCGAGUGGCCUCGCACCCUUGACCGUGCCCCGGAUGCAUCCUCCUCUGACCUCACCCUCGCUCCACUGCAAUCUGCACAGGCCGCCUCCGAGGAAUAAUAUGUGAAAGAGACAUUCCAUGGCCAACGUCGUCGGCCUCAUCCUGCACUGCAUUGUGACUCUCGCCGCCGCCUCUCGCUCAAGUGGCGAUGCGACGCAGCAGCCGCUCGCUCACUCCGGCAAUGACACCCUGAUCUCGCAGAAGCUCUUCUGGGAGCUGGAGGAGCUCGCGCGCAUAGUCGAUAUUUCCUACUGCGUUGGUACUGCUGGCCUGGGUAUUCAGAAGCCAUUUCAAUGCGCCAGCCGCUGCGCAGACCGCGAUUUCGAGAGCUUUGAGCUUGUAACAGCAUGGAACACAGGACCUUUCUUGUCUGACUCCUGCGGCUAUGUUGCUCUGGCCCACAACCCUCAGAACCCACGACUCAUCCUCGCUUUUCGCGGCACCUACUCCAUCGCCAACACCAUAGCAGAUCUUUCAACUAUCCCUCAAGAAUACGUCUCGUACCCUGCCGACGAUGACGAUGGGUCUACCUCCGACUUCCUUGCACCUCACCUGCAGUCUUCCUCGCCUUCGGAGGGAGAUCCACCGCCUGCUGACCCACCCAAGUGCACCAACUGCACCGUGCACUCCGGCUUCUACACCUCCUGGCUGAACACGCGCAGAGUUGUUCUCCCACAUGUAGCAGAGGCUCUGGAGAAGUAUCCUAAUUAUCAGCUGGUGCUCGUUGGUCACUCGUUAGGCGGUGCUGUUGCGACUCUGGCCGGUCUCGACUUCAAGGCACGUGGGUGGAACCCUCGCGUGACCACCUUUGGCGAACCGCGACUCGGGAACAAGAACUUGAACGCGUACAUCGACGAUCGCUUCAACAUCACAGGGCUUCACGAUUCGAACAACUUCCACCGCGUUACCCAUGCGGGCGAUCCAGUACCCCUGCUACCGUUGGAAGAGUGGGGCUACUCCAUGCACAGCGAGGAAGUCUUUAUUUCAGAACCAAGUCUGCCCUGCUCCUUGGCCGACGUACACUACUGCGAAGGCGAUGAGGAUCCGUACUGCAUCGAAGGCAGUGACAACGACCGUCCUGCAUGGGGCGUACCUACUCGCUUUAAGUUCUGGCAGUUGUUCUUUGCUCACAGGGAUUACUUCUGGCGCCUCGGCCUGUGUCUCCCCGGUGGCAGUCCAGCGGAUUGGUACAGGAAGUUUCCUAAGCACAACGCCAGUGAUGAUGAUGAGGAUGUACAAGAAUUGUAGGAAUUGUAAUGAACCUUCUAAGCCCGCGAUGUGUACAUCUAGGCCCACGAUGUGUACAUACAGGUGGGUUUCUUGCGUUUUGUCACCAUAUAUGCUUGCAUCUGUUCCCGUAUUUAUAUUGAGCGUCCGGUUCUUCCACACCGGCACAUGUCGAUAGGAAAUGAGUAUUUUACGGAACGACGCAUGAUAUCGCUGCACGUGUCUACAUUUGUGCCUGCCAAAGGUACUCGGUGGCCCUUUUCAAUAUUCUGUUUUCACUGGAGUCACAGCUGACUACUAAUCAAAUAUGCUUUGCCAUCGAGUCCGAAGAGCCGCCCCUAAGAUGCACGACUAAUUACUACGAUUACCCUCCGCAUACUUCUGAUCCACCCG